GCCAUUCUGAUCCCAUUCUCUCGCAUAUUUAAAGGCCAAGAACACAAGAAGCAGAGAAAGCAGCAAAGGGAGACUCACCUACAGGCUACAGCAAACCUUCACUUUAGCUCGUGUGAUUCACGAGAUACACACACACAAAAACAAAGCCAAAGAAUCUCACAAGAAAGCAAGAGAGAAAGGUUAAGAGAGUUAAUGGAGAAGGGUAGCACAAGCAAGGAAGAGAUAAGAACAAGUGGAGGAAAUGGACAGGUUCUAGACGGUUCAGAUAUAAUGGAGUUGGUUGGGAAUGAAGAGGUGUUUAGCAGUUUUGUGGAUCAUAAGUUCCAAGAGCUGGAUAGGGAUAGAGAUGGUAAGCUCUCUGUGAAAGAACUUGAACCCGCUGUUGCUGAUAUUGGUGCUGCCCUUGGCUUGCCUGCGCAGGGUUCUUCUCCCGAUUCUGAUCACAUCUACUCUGAGGUUCUAAAUGAAUUCACACAUGGCAAGCAAGAGAAAGUGAGCAAGACUGAAUUUAAAGGAGUUAUAUCAGAUUUUCUUCAAGGCAUGGCUGCUGGUUUGAAGCGAGACCCUAUAGUCAUCCUCCGUAUGGAUGGGGAGGACCUCUUAGAGUUCAUUAAAGGACCUGGUUAUGAAGCAGAAAUGGUGUCCUUAUUUUCCCAGUUGGAAUCACCUGGUGGAUCACUCCAUCAUCACAUUGUCAAAGCUUUGGAACAGCUUACUGUUGAUCAAGGAAUGCCUCCAUCUUCAGAUUCCUGGGUAAUGAGUAACAUUGUGGAACCAGCUUUACAAUCUUGUGCUGGUCAAGAUCAGGACAAGCCCCCUUCUCAAGAGACAUUCUUGGUGGAGUUCAAGAAAGUGGCACAGUGUGUAGCACAACGUCUGAAAGAGCAGCCUGUGAUCGUUGCACACAGUGAAAACACCUUUGAUGGAAGUGGAAUUAAGAGACUUUUAUCCAACAAAUUUGAAUUAGACAAGAAUCUAAACACGGCAAUAGAAAAUGUGCCAAAAGAUCGCAAUGGGAAAAUAUCCAAGGAGUAUUUGCGUGUGGCGCUAGAUACGGUCGCUCCAUCAGCUGACCUGCCUCCAGUUGGUGCAAUUCAUGAGAUGGACAACGUAAUAAGCGAGAUGCUUAAGAUGAUGAACGCAGAUGAUGGGAAACUGGUUAAAGAAGAUGAGUUUAAGAAGGUGUUGACAGAAAUCUUGGGAAGUAUAAUGUUGCAGUUAGAGGGCAGCCCCAUCUCAAUCUCUUCAAAUUCUGUUGUCCACGAGCCCCUCGCUAAUUCCUCCUCUACAUUUUUGCAGCCACCUUCCUAGUAACAUAAAUCAAAUUACAAAAUCAAACUUCUUGUCUAAAUAUAUCGAGGAAAAUAUAUCUAUAAUUAACAAAAAGUGGAAUAAAUGUUUGUUUAAUUAGUCUAAGUUCAGUGGUUUGGUUGUGCCCUCUGUUGGGCACUUGAGCCAAGAGUGUCGAGCAAUAUUGUCAAUGAUAAUCCCUCCUUACUUGGGUGUUCUUUGUUCUUACUCGAUUUAUUAAACUCUCGUGUUCUUUGUCUUGUACUGAAUAGAUUAUACACUGUAAGAUUUAUUUUGAUUCUGGUAAA